CGUCACCUGCACCUUCACCAUCGCCGCAUCCCUUAUCACUAUACCCCACCAAGCGCGUCUCAAUAAUUAGCCAUGGCAAAGCUCAUCAUGUCCCUUCCGCCGCUACUUCUACUACUGUUUUCUUCUGUUGUUCUAACCAUCGCCCACGCCUCUACGUAUCGAACCACCGUCACCACCACCAUUGUGCACGAGACCAGCCGUAGGUGCAGGGAACAGAUCGAACGCCAAGACCUCAGCAGCUGCGAGCGGUACUUGACUCGGGGAGGAAGAGACGGCAUCCGUGGCGCCGCCCAUCCUCUCAUCCGAAGGAUCGUCCGCAACAUCGACCCCGCCGAGAGAUGCUGCCGGCAACUGAACGAGAUGGACGACGAUUGCCAGUGCGAAGCGAUGAAGCGGAUUAUGAUGGAGCAGGGGGAGAUGGAGGGCUACGAGGAAAUGGGGCUGUUGGUGCGGCGGGCGGGGGAGCUGUGGUCGCGGUGCGGCGUCGAGACCGGUUGCUGGGAAGAACAAGACGCAGCGGUUAGAAAGAAGCAAGGGAGGCACGUGGGGAGCUGCCGGGAGCAGAUAGAAAGAGAGGACCUUGGGGAGUGCGAGAGGCACCUGAGGGAGGGACUCGGCGGGCGAGAUGUGUUUCGUGGAGUGGGAAUGGAAAACACGCACCACCUGAAGGGGUGCUGCAGGAGACUGGAGAGGCUGGACGAAAGGUGCCAGUGCAAGGGGAUAGAGGAGAUGGCACGGCGGGAGCGGGAGCGGUUGAGUGAGGAAGGAGAGAGGGAAGAGGUGAUGCGGAGGGCAAGGGAGCUGCCGGACGCCUGCGAUUUGCGUACCACAUGCGAAAUAUGAACUACGUAGGGGGGGUCUCUCAUGUAGAGAGGAGAGGAGAUAUGUAAUAAAGUUAACGCGUGCACAUGAUCGUGUGUGAGAGAGCGUGAAAUGUGUAAAUGUACGUGGGUUUAAAUUAAGAAGUUUACCUUUUGUCUUUUUUAAUAAAUAUCGUGUCCACUAUGAUUUCAGAUGGUUGAUGAGCAA